AUGGAACUGGCCCGCUAUGGCUACCCGCUGGGGUACAGCGUCGGCUGUGGCUAUGGCAGCACCUACUCCCCCGUGGGUUAUGGCUUUGGCUAUGGCUACAAUGGCUGUGGGGCCUUCGGAUACAGAAGGUACUGGCCAUACGCUCUCUACUGAUCUGCUGACGUUCCUGAGGCACAGUCUUCUCUCCCUGGGCUGCUGAGAGGCACAUCUCUCCCGAAGUCUCCUUUGUCAACGGAGUCGUCUUCCAUCUUUAGUUGCUCAACAAAUGCCAGCGUCGCUGUACUUUCACACGUAGCCCCAGAGGCCAACGGAAGAAAUGAAACAUCAGAUGACGCUUCUGGACAUUUUCAGAAACUUGACAUCCAAAUGGUCCGAAUUUGGCAUCUGGACAUUUUCAGAAACUUGACAUCCAAAUGGUCUGAAUUUGGCAUCAUGCUCUUGGCAUGUUAAAGUUGUGAAAUUGCCUCUCAACUU